AUGGGGCACCUGGGCUGCCUCCUCCCCGUGGGCUUCCUUCUCCUCCUCCUCACCAGCGCCGUGGCCCAAGGGGAGUACGCCGUGGUCCACGUGGUGUCGGAGAACUGGAGCAAAGACUACUGUGUCCUGUUCAGCUCCAAGUAUGUCACCCUGCCACGGGACCUGCGCCACGCCCCCCUCCUGCCCCUGCACGAUGGCACCAUGUCACCCUGGUGCCCGGGUGAGGGCGACUCCCAUCAGGCCCAGCCCGGCUCCCCCAGCCAGCAGCCACUCCGCCACACCACAGCCAUGGUCAUGAGGGGCAACUGCAGCUUCUAUGCCAAAGGCCGGCUGGCUCAGGGCCGAGGUGCCCAUGGGCUGCUCAUCGUAAGCAGGGCCAGCAGCCGGCAGUGCUCAGACACCACGCCAGCCCCCCGGGACCCCUACAAGCCCCUGCCACACCUCACCAUCCCCAUGGCUGUGCUCCACUACACAGACAUGCUAGAUAUCCUCAGCCACACCCGCAAUGGCUCUGUCGUCCAUGUGGCCAUGUAUGCGCCCCCAGAGCCCAUCCUCGACUAUAGCCUGCUGGUCAUCUUCAUCCUGGCUGUCGGCACUGUGGCCGUGGGCGGCUAUUGGGCCGGACUGACCGAGGUUGGCUGGCUGCAACGGCGCCGGGCCCAAGGAGGAGGGGGGCCUGGCAGUCAUCGUCACCUGGAGGUGGUGGCAGCCGAGGUAGGGCAGGAGGAAGAUGACAAGGAUGUCCCGGUGGACCUCAUGCCGGCCAUGACAGGAGCAGUGGUCACCAUGUCCUGCUCCAUCACACUGCUCCUUCACUUCUUCUACGACUGCUUUGUCUACGUCAUGAUCGGGAUCUUUAGCCUGGGCGCUGGCACUGGCCUCUACAGCUGCCUGGCCCCGCUGGUGCACCACCUGCCCCUGCAGCGAUACCAGUGGCCCCUGCCUGGCUACUGGGGCUGUCUGCAGCUGCCCCAGCUGCUGCUGGCCAGCCUGUGCACGGCAGUGACCGUCUUCUGGGUGGCCUAUCGCCAUGAGGACGGCUGGGCAUGGCUCCUGCAGGACACGCUGGGCGUGGCCUAUUGCCUUUUCAUCCUUCAGCGCUUGAGGCUGCCUACACUCAAGAUCUGUGCCUCCCUCCUGCUGGCCCUGCUGGCCUUUGACGUUUUCUUUGCCUUUGUCACACCCUUCCUCACCAGGACCGGUAACAGCAGGAUGGCGGAGGGGGCCACAGGCCUGGCAGAUUCCUUGAGCCACAAGAGGCUGCCCAUGGUGUUCAAAGUGCCCCGGAUAAGCUUCUCGGCCUUGACUCUGUGCAGCCGGCCCUUCACCAUCCUCGGCUUUGGUAACAUUGUGGUCCCUGGCUUCCUGGUGGCCUACUGUCACCGCUUCGACAUCCAAGUCCACUCACACCAGGUCUACUUCAUGGCCUGCACCUUGGCCUAUGCCAUGGGCCUGCUGGUCACUUUUAUCGCCACAGUCCUCACACAGACGAGCCAGCCCACCCUGCUCUUCCUAGUGUCCUGCACUCUGCUCACCAGCCUGGCCGUGGCUGCCUGUCGCCAAGAGCUCACCCUCUUCUGGACCGGCCAGGGCAGAGCCAAGGUGCCUGCUCAGCCCGCAGCAGGGGUCCACGCAGCCUCUGCUGCUGACUCUGAGCAGAUGCAGGAGGACACAGUGGAUGUCCAGGCUGUCAGUGAGUUUGAAGAGGCCACCGACCAAGGGGCAGGGGCCUUAGACAGCAGUCCUGGGGAGGACACGGCCGAGAUCGUCACUCAGAUCGUAUCUGAGGAUGAAACCACCGGGGCAGAUGGCCCCAGUGACAGCUCCGAAGCCUGGAGUGAUGCCAACUUGGACCCUGAUGAGCUGCCCCCUACCUCCCUCGGGGCCUCAGAGGGGCUGAUGCCACUGAUGCCGAUAGCCAUGCUGAUCCCGCUAGUGCCGCUGAUGCCGGCCCCCUCAGAGCUGGGCCACGCCCACGCCCAGGCCCAGGCCCAUGAGGCUGGCCUGCCCUGGACAGGGCUCCAUAAGAGGAAGGGCUUCAAGCUCAAGAAGAGCGUGUCGACCGAGGCUCCCCUGUGA